AUGUACACAAUGGAAACAUAAACGCUGUUAGGAUGCAAGGAGUUAUUGAACCCAUAAUCCAAUUUAGGUAGUGAAGUAUCUCUGAAUAUUUAAAAAUCUAACUUGUAUGUGAUCAUUAGGAUUUAUAGAUCUGAAAAUUUUACUAAUCUCUUGCUGAAACUGUUUAAAGAGGAUUAUUAGAGGUUUAAUUUGGAAGAAUAAUUAAAUCUUAAUUUACAAUAUCAAAUGCAAAGUUAAUUAGUUGUUACAAUACAAAUUUUAUUUCAUGCCCUCCUUUAUGGUGUUUCUUUGGAUAUUACUUAUAAGCCAUAGAAAGUAUGCUUUACAAGCUACUUAACUAAGCCGGAUACAACUCCCAUUUAUGCUUCUGAUAAGAAUAUAAUUAAUUUACUAAGUUUCUACACCCUGAAGUAGAAUGACAAACUAGUUCAUGGCUCUUUGAGUAUCGACCCACUCACAGGAUUAUUUUAGUAUAAGACCUUAACGACCAUAUCGUUUUACGAGUAGAUAGAGCUAAGUGAAGGUUUUUUGGAUUGUUUGCGCUUCAAUAUUGUAGAACACCAAAAACUCAUGGAGAUAUAAGCUCCUUUUGUUCUCUAUCAGAUGAAUAAGAUAACGUUUAAAGAAUUUAAGAAAUUUACCCGAGAAGACCAAUAUGAAAGCAAAUAAAAAAAUAUCGAUUAAUUGAAGGAGAUCUUUAAGCGUUAGAUGCAUCAAGAGAUGACCAAAGAAGAAAAAGACAAGUUUUUGGAUUACCCUAAACCAAAGAGUUUGCCUUUGCUAACUAAGAUUAGUGUUCAAAAAACUGGCGAUGAUCUUCUCCAGCAAUGGAAGGAUUAGCUUCUGAUUACUUCCGGGGGUUAUUCUGAGAUUCGGAAAGUUUAGUUAGCUUAUAAGAUAAGCGAUAACGAUCAAGCUUUUACGAGGGCUUUAGCAGUAAAGACAGAUAAGUCGAGUACCAAUAAUAAAGUUAAUCACGAGCUCUCAAUAUUGAAGACUCUGUCCAAGACAACGGAAAAGGGAAAUGGAGAGGCAUAUAUAGUUACAAGCUACUAUGAUGAAAACUUGAAGGGCUGUUAUUUUAUGGAGUUCUACAACAAUGGAUCUUUGGAACAAUAUACUAAUUCUAAAUCUCAGGUGUUGAGUUUAAGAACGAAGUUAUUUAUUCUGGCUGGUAUCAUAAAUGGGAUUGAUUUUCUUCAUUACAAAUAAAUAGCACACUUGGAUUUGAAGAUGGGAAAUAUAUUAAUUUAAAAGUAGUUAAUUCCUAAGAUUUGUGAUUUUGGGGAAGCUAAGCCAUUUGAUUUUCUGGAACAAGACAAAUCUAACUUUUCUCGUAGUUUGCCUUACGCAGCCCCAGAAUUAUAUAAUUCAAAUGAAAUCACACCUGCAUUCGACAUCUUCUCUUUUGGGAUUUUAAUGUGCAAAUUUGUUUUUGAAUAAUUUCCCAUUGAAUACAAUCCAAAUGACUUAACCAAUUUAGCAGAGAGAUACAAGAACAACACAUACGCAAUCAAACGAAAUUUGAUAUAACAAAUUAAGUGUGGACCAAAAAAAAUAAUGAAGAAGAUCCUUCAUCUGAUUAUACUUUGUCUCCAAUCAAAUCCAAAAUCUAGACCCAAACCCAAAUGGAUAUUAGCAAUAUUGUGGAAGAUGAUUAAUUUUUUAGAUAGCUUUUGA